AUGGACCAAGUCGGCCAUCCAGAAGAUGAAAAGAGCUUCCAGUUAGUUGCCGGCGGGACCAGCGACCAGCUUCGGUGGCUUGAGAUUGACAAUGGCGCCAAGAAGCCUGAGGACGCCGCCAGCGAGCUUGCUCCCAGCGAGGACCCUUCAAGUGAAGAGGCCAAGAGCGAGGGCGUUUCCAAUGAGGAGGCUGCCGAUGAGGCCGUAGCCGGCGAGAAUGCCGCCAGCGACAACGCAACCAGUGUAAAUGCCCCCAGCGUCAAGGAGGCUGCCAGCGUCAAGGCCGUCAGCACAAAGGCGCCCAGCACAAAGGCAUUCAGCACAAAGGCUGCCAGCCAGAAGCUCACUCUUGACGAUGCCACUGACGUGGACUCUGAUGAGCCCGAGAGCUACGUGCUGCAUUGCCACGACGACGUCAACAACCAUCUGCGGCAGAUCAACGAGGCGCUCAGCCUCAUCAGCAUUAUGGGCCCGACUCGCAGCGGCAAGUCCACGCUCUUGAACCUUCUCGCAGGGUGCACCACAGAGCCACUGUUCUCAACCUCUCCCGGAGCCGAAUCGUGGACUAGAGGCACAAACCUCGGGAAUAAGAUCAUGGGCGUCAAGGAAUUCUCACGACUUGACGACGGCGUUGAGCUGCCAAUGGUGGGCUCUCAACGAGUGGCUUUCUUGGACACCGAAGGCCAUGGCGACCAGGGCGACUUAUACGACAUCAUUCUCUUCACUCCCGCUCUUCUAUGCUCUCGCGUCAUCGUAUUCAACACCACAGAUGUCGCCAAAGACACCAUCCUGACGUCUUUGGCGAUGAUGACGCUGGCUGCGGAGAAGCUGCAUUUUGGUGGCGACAAGAAGACCUCCGGCCCCAAAUUCGGCCAAUUAGUCAUCAUCAUCAACAAGUACGAUCUUGGUGGUUCAGUGGACGAUGUCAGAAAAAACAUCCUCAGAAAAGAGAUCGGCAGGACCGAGGCGAUCAAGAGGAGAAACAAGAUCCGAGAGAAGCUGUCUGCCGAGUUUGAGGACGUGACUGUUCACCUGCUUCGCGGAAACUCUCUAAAGGAGGGCGUGCAAGCCAAGAUUAACGACAAAUCCAAGGAGUUCCUUGUCAUCGAUGAUUUCAAUGACAACUACGUCAAGGACUUCAAGAAUCUGCGUGCCUCGCUGUCUCAGAUGCUGCGGGUUCCUCGACUUGUCGCCGGCGCACCUUUGACUGGCGCUUCUACAGCAGACUUUGUAUCAAGCAUUGUCAAGUCGAUCAAUCGUCUUGAGCAGAAUGGGCAGCUGCAUGUCCCUGAUAUUUGGCGGGCUGCCGAGAACGAAGCCGUCAACAGAUCUCACAUCAAAUUCCACCACGACUAUAGAGAGGCGUGCAACAAGCUGAGCGCAGACACACGGCUGCUAAGCACAAAGGACUGCAACAAGAAACUAGACCGCGCCAUGCAGAAAUGUCUGAACAGUGUCCGGGAUUCAUUGAAAUAUCUCUCUCAGCAGACCGUCAAGGACACAUGUGAAAGCCUUGCAAAGGAAUCAGAGGGGCAGCGGAAUGAAGUUUUGGCUGCAAAUCUUCAAAAGAUUGAGGCCUUUGCCGAGCAAGAGCUGACUGAGCUGAUUGGCUCAAUUCAAGACUCUUUGAAUGAGGCGGCAUCCGACUUCAAGUCCUUCUCGCUCAACACUGCCGAGAAAUUGCUGGAUCAGUAUCACGGCGACUUGCUCGAGGCCUACAAGAAGAAGAUCUCGUCUUAUGACGAACAGGCACUUUCUCGAAAUUACUCAGUGACUUACGACCGCGCAUUUUUCACAGCGGCGGCGAUUGUGAAGCAGAACCUCUCAGUUGCUUGGGCUUCAUGGGUCGUUGAGCUGGAUACUGCAAACUCUGAGGCAAUCACUGCCGCCUUGGAGAAACUCUACCAAGAAAGCCUCAUCGGCGAUGAGUCAAUAUGGGAGACGGCCGCGGAGGAGGAGCAGAGCUCUCAUCUGGAGCAGUACUACAACACCAUUGAUACCGAGUAUCUCUGGGAGAAUGCAUCGGCCAUCAAGGAAAACUACACAGAAAAGGUCAACAAGAUCAAGGACUUGGUCAAGUCAAAGGUCACAGUACGAGAGCAGCAGAUGGAGAAAUCCAUUGCCCAAGAGCUCGACAAGCGCUUGAAUUCUUAUCAGAGACAGCUGGAUGACUCUCUGCUGCCCAAGGAGGACGUCGGAGAUUUCAAGACCAUCACAGACACAACAGAUUCCCGCGAGGGUCUCAUAGCCUUCCUCAAGGAGCAACCGAUCAGCGGCCGUCUUUAUGACCACCACUUGAACGAGUUUGACAACCAGUUGUCCACCAAGAAGAGCACCUACGGCGAUAGAUAUACCUCUGUCUUGAAGGAUUUCUUGACCUAUCUUGAAGAGGAGCUCGAUCGCGUCGUCAAGACCCAACUCGAAGACUUCAAGAACCAGAGCGACACCCUCGCAAUUACCAGAACAGUGUCCAAAGACAGAAUCACAAACCACCUGGCCACCUGCGAAACCGCCGCCAAGGCCGCCUUCGAGGCCAGCGUCACCAACUUCAGCGUCACGCACGAGGACUCCAAGACGCGCGUCGUCGAGGCGCGCAACAAGCUGGCCAGCGGCAUCUCCGACUACCACAUCGCGAAGCUGCUGCUGCUGGAUGCCCUGGUCAACAAGUGGAACCGCCAGGCCCUGAACCGGGCCAUCAACGAGGUCAUGGCUGGCGUUGUCGACUUUACGCUCGACACCCCCGAGAAGCUGGAGGAGGGCAUCCGGAAGGCGAAGAUGGCCUACUUUGGAGAGGCUUGUGGUGAAUUGACGAAACAGGCCGAGACUUGGGAAACGUUUGAACAACGAGCCGACACGCUGUACGAGAACGUCAAACGCGCUCAAGCUGUUUUCAAGACGAAGGGCAUCAGCUACGAAUCCACAACCUCCGAGUUGGAAUCCAAAGUCAUACACGGAAUCUCCCGCCCCUUCGCAGACCUUGCCAAUCUCCUCGGAAUGUCCUGGAUAUCCAGCGGGUCGGAAUUCCAGCACGAGCUGCACCCCGAAGGUAGCGGACGGUCAUAUCUUCUCAAGAACCUGAGCAAGCCCAAGGGAUUCGGAAACAAGCAGUGUACAAGUCUCCGGUUCGACAACUGGAGGGCGGAAUUCUCUGAUUUCGUAUUCGACGAGCCCAUCAUCCAGGAGCUCUCGCCCUUUACCGUGAAAACUAUCACGGUACCGGCUCAAGACGAGAAUACCCAAGUCAACAUCUCCAUCAAAGAGACCAAGACGGAAACAAUCGUCCACUCCAACCACGCCAUGUUCAACGCCCAGAAUGAAUACGCGUCCACCACCGGCAUCGAGGACGCCAUCGCUUCGACCAUCAAAUCCGCCUUCAACGGCUCCGACGCCUUCACAGAUGGCAAACGCAACGAAAUCACUCUGGACAUUGAUUUCAACUGCCCCGUCAUCUGCCCGGCCAAGCGAGCAACCACAGUGACUUGCUCCGGAUACACGCAGCUCAAAUCCAUCACUUACACCGCCAAGAUGAAGCUCGUUCCUGAAGUCACCUUCACCGGCGGCUUCACCCGCUGGGGCGGCAAAAACAACGAGAACCCCAACUUCCUCAAAGGCGAGUCCCGCAAGCGCGUCUACAAGGACAUCAACAACGGCCCCGCCGAUCAGCUCAAGGAAAAGGCAGCCGAAAACGCCGAUCCUUGGAACUGGACCGAGGCCAUUGAGGCGAAUCCCCAGAUCCAAACCCUCGUUGACCGCAUCAGCGACCCUCAAUGUUUCGAGAUGUACGUCCGCGGCAAAUGGGAAGGCAUCAGCGGCUGGAAAUUCGUCAUCCAAACAGAUAUCAAGACCACAUGA